AUGGACAGAAUAAGAGGAGACUACACCAGUCCCGCGCAACCAGGAGAUGCAGAGAGGAGCAGGACUGGAGAACAAGACCCAGAACUAACUGUGCUGGGAAAAGCACAAGAGUUCUUUCAGAUUUGUGAUCUGGAAGGCAAAGGCUUCGUCACUCGUCAAGACAUGCAGAGACUGCAUCCUGAGUUACCUCUUAGCCUGGAAGAACUUGAAAAAGUUUUUGUUACAUUGGAUGCUGAUGGCAAUGGCUCACUUACCCCAAAGGAGUUCAUCACAGGAUUCAGCCAAUUUCUUUUGGAGCAGAUUGCUUUGAAAAAUGACAUGGUGCAACCAUCAGAAGGAGAAACAGCCUGCCCAGUUAGAUACGAAGAGACCACGACUGGUGAUGAGGAUGAAGAAUUCCAAUUCUCAAAUCUCAUGGAUCGGCUUGGAGCUGCAAAGGUUUUGGAUGAUGAGGCUGAUGUGAAGCAACUUUGGUUGCAGCUAAAAAAAGAAGAACCUCAUUUACUUUCCAAUUUUGAAGAGUUCUUGGUCAGAAUUUUUUCCCAGCUCCAAGAAGCAGAUAAUGAGAAGAAUGAAUUGGAAUGUGCUCUAAAAAAGAAAAUUGCUGCUUAUGAUGAAGAAAUUCAACAUCUCUAUGAGGAAAUGGAACAGCAAAUCAAAAAGGAGAAAGAACAGUUUCUCUUGAAAGACACAGAGAGGUUUCAGUCCCAAAGUCAAGAGCUGGAACGCAAGCUGCUGUCAAAAGAACAAGAACUGGAACAGCUGGUUCAAAAACAGAAAAGGUUAGAGCAUCAGUGUACACAACUCCUCAGUGGCAAAGAAGAAACCAAAGUAGAGAACACCAAGCUGAAGCUGACUAACCAGGAGCUGCUGAAAGAGCUGGAGAGAACAUCCCAUGAGCUAAGCCUGGCUCAACAGCAGCUACAGGUGCUUCAGGAGGAGGCAUCAAGGCUCCAUGAGGAGAAGGAAAUGGAGGUGUACCGGGUGACAGAAACCUUACAGAGAGAGAAGUCAGGACUUUUGAAGCAGCUGGAUUUUUUAAGAGAGAGGAACAAACAUCUCAAGGAUGAACGUGACAUAUUUUUGCAGAAAUGCAAAACAACUGUUCCAAAAGCCAGCUGGAAGCAGAGAUCAGGGUCUAUCAUUGGGAAAUACAUAGAGGGCAAGAUGCAGCCAAACAGCCAUUCAUUUGAAGAAGAUGAUAUUUUCAGUAAUUCAAGGAGAAGGAAUUCUGCUGGACUGAAUGGAGUUCUCUCUGAAGAGCUUGAUGCUGGAGUCACUGGAGGAAUGCCUAAAACAUCACAUCUCCAAAGAAUAAUAUCAAUUGAAGAAGAUCACCUACCCCAGCUUCUUGACAGGCUGGUUGAUAAGCAGCUGAGCAGAUGGACUGGAGAAGAUGAAGAUACUUUUGAGACAGAAAUGAAUAACAAAUCCAGAGAGCAAUCAAUGGAAUAUUCAUCAUCAUCUUCUAGAGAGCAGCCUGUAGGGAAGGAAACACUGUCAAAUGAGGAGAGAAUAAACUCUGUUCCAGAGCGCUUAUUCAAGAUCGUUUUUGUGGGCAAUUCGAGUGUUGGAAAGACUUCAUUCUUAAGAAGAUUUUGUGAAGAUCGUUUUUUCCCAGGCACAGCUGCUACUGUAGGUGUGGAUUACAACGUGAGAACUGUCACAGUAGAUCACAGCCAGGUAGCGCUGCAGCUCUGGGACACAGCUGGCCAGGAACGGUACCGAAGCAUUACCAAGCAGUUUUUCAGAAAAGCUGAUGGUGUCAUUGUGAUGUAUGACAUAACAGCAAAAGACACAUUCACAGCUGUCAAGCAGUGGCUGAUAAGCAUUGAGGAGGCAACUGGGGAGAACGUGCCUGUUCUUUUGUUGGGUAACAAAACUGAUAAUGAAAAGGAGCGUGAGGUCCCGAUGGGAAUGGGAGACCAUCUUGCAAAGGAUUACAAUUUAAUUUUCUAUGAAUGCAGUGCAUAUUCUGGAUACAAUGUGGAAAAGUCCGUGCUUCACUUAGCUAGGAUUUUAAAAGAACAUGAAGAUAAAGUGAAAGAGAAAACCAUCGAACUUCAAUCUGAUACAAAUAAAAAGUCAUGCUGUAUGAGGCAAUAAAAUGCUGAGGCAUGUUUAGACAAGUCAUACAUUUAUAAAACACUACCUGGCACUAACAAAUUUGCUUUUAUCUUCCAAAUAUUUCUUCUGCUGUGUUCUGACUGUAGGUGUAAGUGAAAGUUAAAAUCUAUAUAUGAUCUGAUCUUGCUUUUAUAAAUAUUGUCUUUGGUUAAUUGACAGUGUAUUUAGGGCAGUAACAAU